CAAGAGAGCCAAAACACCACCGCGACCCCAAGCUAAACACAGUCACUAAUUCAAGCGCUGUAAGAAAUAGACACCGGCAACGCUAUCAUAUUUAUCAACCCUUACAACACUGUUCCACGCGCUUGAAAAUAAUCUCAACACCGAGAUCUACUCCGACGUAUUUGUCGAAAACGGAGGCCGACAAAGAAUUAUUGUUUCACUGUAAACACGGAACCCGCAAAAGGAACAAGACACUCUUUCCAGCAUGGUCCAGAAGAUAUCAUCUGACGGGGCACCCCUGCAUAAGAGUACCACCAUAUCUGUGGCAGUUUCGGGUCGAAAUGGACAUCCGAUGAUCUCCGAGUAUGACCAAAAGAAAGGAUCAAGUCGGACAGAACUUGCUGAUCUUGUUAUAGUCAAGUACAAAUGUGAAUCGAAUGGUGUACCGAUGAAACUGACCAAUGGAUCGACACUACCGCUCGUUCCUGGCUCCAGUAAGGAGGCCGAAGAGGGAGAAGGAUACAAUCCUUUCGCACACCGAGUCCUCGAACAUCCAACCACAGACUUGGAAACUCUGAUCCACCUGUUGAAGGGAAGCUUGGGAACAGGUAUCCUGGCUAUGCCACUUGCCUUCGCCAACGCUGGUCUCCUGUUUGGCUUGAUUGCCACUUUCCUCAUAGGAUUCUUAUGUACCUACUGCAUUCACGUUCUAGUGAAUUGCGCUCACAUACUUUUAAAGCGAAUGAAAAUUCCUUCAUUGGGAUUCGCUGAUGUAGCUGAGGUUGCUUUUCUAGCUGGUCCUCAGAGCACAAGAAAGUUUGCAGGAUUUGCAAGGGGGAUGAUUAAUAGUUUUCUAGUCUUGGAUCUUCUUGGGUGCUGUUGUGUAUAUAUUGUUUUUGUGGCUGAAAAUCUCAAGCAGGUUGUGGAUACCAAAGCUGGAGUUGACUGGGACCUGAGAUUCUACAUGAUCUUAAUCUUGCCGUUCUUACUUCUGGUGAACCUCGUGAGAAACCUGAAAUACUUGGCGCCAUUCUCAAUGGUAGCGAACAUUUUCAUCGGCGUUGGAAUGGGCAUCACGUUCUACUACAUCUUCGACGAUCUGCCGCCUGUCAGCUCGCAGCCACAAUUCUCAAGCUGGCACCAACUGCCACUCUUCUUCGGAACAGCUAUCUUUGCCCUAGAAGGAAUCGGGGUGGUGAUGCCACUUGAGAACAACAUGAAGACACCGGCGCACUUCAUCGGCUGCCCGAGUGUGCUCAACAUCGGCAUGUUCCUCGUCAUCCUGCUCUACACCGGGGUCGGCUUCUUCGGCUACCUCAAGUACGGAGCGGACACAGCUCCUAGCAUCACGCUCAACCUGCCUCGUCAUUUAGCGUUGGCGCAGUCAGUGAAGACAAUGAUAGCAGUUGCCAUUUUCCUGACGUAUGCGUUGCAGUUCUAUGUUCCUAUGGAGAUAAUCUGGAAGAACACAAAGCACCGCUUCACUUCCCACCCCAUUGCAGCUGAAUAUGCUAUUCGUAUAAGCUUGGUGUGCUUGACAAGUAAGUAUAUUAGAUAUAGUUCUUUCGCAUCUGAUAUAAUGUAA